UUGAAGAGCUUGAUGCUUUUUACCAGCAUGUAAUUGAUGAUCACUUGAAACAUGAAGCUCAUGCAGGAAAGAAAGCUAUGGAUUCUCAGGCGGAUAUUGCUGCACUCUUGUUAGGUAUGAUGGACAAACAAGGAGACAAAGAUUAUCUCAAGCUCAGCAUUGAUAAUAUCAAGGGAGUCAUCACGAAAUGGACAUUACAAAUGGAACAUCAACCAAGAUCAAUGCUAGAGAUAUUUGUAUACCAGAUAGUGGAACAACGCACACUAUUAUGAAGCACAUAAAAUAUUUUUCUGAACUAAAACCGACAAAUAUCACUGUUAAUACAAUAUCGGGUCCUGCAGACUUGAUCGAAGGAAUUGGUAAAGCUCAUUUCACGUUACCCAACGGGACAAAAUUCUCGAUAAAUAAUGCACUAUUUUCUCCAAAGUCUAAAAGGAAUUUGUUGAGUUUUAAAGACAUAUAUCUUCAAGGAUUUGAUACUCAGUCUGCAACUGAGGAUGAAAAGAAGUAUAUGUAUAUUACUCUUGAGAAAUCGGGAAAACAAAAGGUAUUGGAAAAAUUACCAAAACUCUCUUCUGGUCUACAUCAUACAUAUAUAAGUGCCAUUGAAUCACAUUUAGUGAUUAAGGAAAAUUCUAGUGAUUUUACACUAUGGCAUGAUCGUUUUGGUCAUUCAGGCACUACAAUGAUGCGAAAAAUCAUCGAGAACUCACAUGGUCAUUCACUGAAACCCCAAGAAGUUUAUCAAGGGAAUAAAAUGACAUGUACUGCGUGUUCUCUUGGAAAGUUGAUUAUAUGACCAUCGCCAACCAAAAUAGAUAAAGAGUUACCAAAGUUCCUUGAACGAAUUCAAGGCGAUAUUUGUGGACCUAUACAUCCACCUUGUGGACCAUUCUAUUAUUUUAUGGUAAUGAUCAACGCGUCGAGUAGAUGGUCACACGUUUGUCUAUUGUCCUCUCGAAAUAUGGCAUUUGCGAGAUUUUUAUCUCAGAUAAUCAAAUUAAGAGCUCAGUUUCCUGAUUAUCCGAUAAAGAGAGUUAGACUGGACAACGCUGGUGAAUUUACCUCCCAAGCAUUCAAUGAUUAUUGUAUGGUAACUGGAAUUGAUGUUGAACAUCAUGUUGCUCAUGUUCAUACACAAAAUGGUUUGGCCGAAUCAUUAAUUAAACAUCUGCAACUGAUUGCAAGAUCAUUGAUUAUGAAAUCUAAACUCCCAACUUCUGUGUGGGGACAUGCUAUUUUGCAUGCAGAAGCAUUGAUUCGAAUAAGAUCAAGUGCAUAUCACAAAUACUCUCCAAUACAGUUAGCCUUUGGACGAGAACCAAACAUUUCUCAUCUAAGAAUUUUUGGUUGCGUUGUAUAUGUGCCGAUUGCACCUCCCCAAUGUACAAAGAUGGGACCUCAAAGGAGGUUAGGGAUAUAUGUUGGUUGUGACUCUCCAUCAAUUAUACGAUACCUAGAACCGCAAACUGGUGACGUAUUUACGGCACAUUUUGCUGAUUGCCACUUUGAUGAAAAAGUAUUCCCAGUUCUAGGGGGAGAAAAUAAACAAGUAGGAAAGGAUAUCAAAUGGUGUGUACCAUCUUUACUACACCUUGAUCCUCCUACAAAACAAUCGGAAUUAGAGGUCUGUCGGAUUAUGCAUUUACAAAGCAUCGCAAAUCAACUACCCGAUGCUUUUGCAGACACCAAAUUGGUUACAAAAUCCCAUAUACCGGCUGCAAAUACUCCUGCUCGUGUAGAAAUGCCACAUGAACGUGGAGUAGAAGAUAAUACACGAGAGUCUAAAAUACGCUUGAAGCGUGGUAGACCUAUUGGUUCUAAGGAUAAGAAUCCUAGAAAACGAAAGGAGUCAGAAAAACAAAAUCUUUCCAAUAUAGAAGAAAAGUUGGAAGAGAUUAACAACGAGGUCAAUGACAAUGUUAAACAUCAUGAUUCUGAAGAAAAUCAUGAGAUUUCUAUUAACUACAUUCAUAAUAGAAAAAUAUGGAAUCGAAACAAAGUGAAUGGUGUUGAUGAUCUUUUCUCAUACUUUGUUUCGAAGGAAACAGAUGAAGAGAAUGAUGACCCUGAACCAAAAUCUAUCUUGGAGUGUCAAAGGAGACAUGAUUGGAUAAAAUGGAAAGAUGCAAUACAAGUCGAACUCGAUUUACUUAACAAACGAGAGGUAUUUGGUCCUAUUAUAAUCACACCUGAAGCUGUGAAGCCAGUUGGUUACAAAUGGGUUUUCGUUCGGAAACGAAAUGAGAAAAACGAGGUUAUGAGAUAUAAAGCUUGUCUUGUAGCUCAAGGAUUUUUUCAAAGACCUGGAAUCGAUUAUGAAGAAACAUAUUUUCCUGUUAUGGAUGCAAUCACAUUUAGAUUUUUGAUGAGUCUUGCGGCUAAUCAAAAUCUAGAGAUGUGUCCAAUGGACGUUGUUACUGCAUACUUAUAUGGAUCUUUGGACACUGAUAUUUAUAUGAGAAUCCCUGAAGGAUUUAUAAUGCCCUAAUCAUUAAGUUCUAAACCUAAAGAGUUAUGUGCAAUAAAAUUGCAAAAUUAUUAUACGGUUUAAAACAGUCUGGACGCAUGUGGUAUAAUCAUCUCAGUGAACAUCUAACUAAAGAAGGAUAUGUAAACAAUCAUAUAUGCCCAUGUGUUUUCAUCAAGAAAACAUCAUCUGGAUUUGUUAUCAUUGCCGUAUAUAUUGAUGACCUAAAUAUUAUUGGGACUAAAGUCGAAAUACAAAAGGCAUCUGAUUAUUUAAAAGGAGAAUUUGAGAUGAAAAAUCUCGGACAAACAAAGUAUUGUCUUGGCCUACAAAUUGAGCAUUCUCAAAAGGGUAUAUUUGUACACCAGUCUACAUAUACAAAAGAGUGUUGAAACGAUUCAACAUGGACAAAUCGACUCCACUUAGUACUUCUAUGGUCGUCAGAUCACUUAAUGUCGAAAAUGAUCCCUUCGACCACACGAAGAAAAUGAAGAUAUACUUGGUCCUGAAGUGCCUUUAAGUGCAAUAGGAGCACUUAUGUAUCUUGCUAAUUGUACUCGACCUGAUAUAUCGUUUGCUGUUAAUCUUUUGGCAAGAUUUAGUUCAUUCCCUACGCAAAGACAUUGGAAUGGGAUCAAACAUGUCUUUCGCUAUCUCCAAGGAACGAUUGAUUUAGGAUUAUUUUAUCCUAACAAUACUAACGGAGAAAUAGUUGGUUUUGUAGAUGCAGGAUAUUUAUCUGACCCUCAUAAAGCUCGAUCACAAACAGGGUACGUUUUCACGGUUGGAGGAACCGCUAUAUCAUGGCGAUCCCAGAAACAAACACUUGUAGCCACUUCCUCGAACCAUGCUGAAAUAAUCGCUCUCCAUGAAGCAAGCAGAGAAUGUGUUUGGCUCAGAUCAAUAAGUAAACACAUCCUAUCAAGUAGUUGGAUCAACGUCGACUCAAAACCGACCAUCAUAUAUGAAGACAAUGCAGCAUGUGUUGCUCAAACAAAGGAAGGAUACAUCAAAAGUGACCAAACCAAACAUAAUCCACCAAAAUUCUUCUCAUAUACCCAAGAACUCGAGAAGAGUAAAGAAACUGAAGUGAGAUAUGUUCGAUCCUGUGACAAUGCUGCAGACCUCUUUACGAAGUCAUUAUCCACUACGACAUUCAGAAAACAUGUUUACAAUAUUGGAAUGCGUCAUCAACAAGACCUGUAACGAUCGUCUACUCGAGGGGGAGCUUCUGAGUUGUACUCUUUUUACCUUACUAUGGUUUUUUCCACUGGGUUUUCCAAGAAAGGUUUUUAAUGAGGCAACAAAAGAUGAUAUACAUGAGACAUUAAUGAUACUGAUCUCCAAGGGGAAGUGUUACGAAAGUCAGCAACACUUUCGUGUGAGAGUUGAUAUGGAGCCCAUAUCAUUUAAAACUCACAGUAACAUUUGUCGAAACCUCUUCUAUGUAAGGAAUUGUAUUGCGAUCAUUUUAUGAUGCCCCUUUCGAACGUAAUAACAUCAAUCUCUCUUAUUUGGUA